UGGUUUGCUUUCACAUAAGUGAUUGCGCUCACCAUUGCUUAACGCACGGAUCUACUCCAUGUGAUUUUAAUUCACCAUCCCGAUUAGCAGCAGAUAUCCUUCCUCGAAAUCGAUAAUCGUCAGGAACCAGAUAACCUUUCUGAUAAACCAGAAACCUAACACCAGAUCACAAUCUGUCUUUAACUCACUUUACUGGAGGAUGCCCUGGUGUGUCAGCAGAAACCAGUGUAACUGGAUUGAAAAAUGCACAAGAUAAUAACAGUUUUGCUGGCCUUGCUGAGUUUGAGCUUGACCCCAGAACUAGGCAGUGCCCACGAGCGAUGGACUGCAUUCCGGAGCAUGUUUAGAGGAAUAAAGUAUGGUGUUCCAUCUGGAGGAGACCCCGGGAAACCACUGUUUCUGACACCCUACAUUGAAAGUGGCAAAACUGAGGAAGGAAGGCAACUGAGUAUGGUGGGUCCUCUCCCAGGAGCCAAUGUGAAGAGUUAUUCAGGAUAUUUGACAGUCAAUAAAACCUACAACAGCAACCUUUUCUUCUGGUUCUUCCCUGCUCUGGUACAACCAGAGAAAGCCCCUCUCCUACUUUGGCUCCAAGGUGGACCUGGAGGAACAUCCAUGUUUGGUCUCUUUGUUGAACAUGGGCCAUAUGUUGUGCACAUGAAUCUCACAUUGUCUGAACGAAAGUUUUCUUGGACAUCUAAAUACUCCGUGAUCUACAUUGACAACCCAGUUGGAACUGGCUUCAGUUUCACAGAUGAUGAAAAGGGCUAUGCAGAGAACCAGGAUGAUGUAGGAAGAGAUUUGUACAGUGCUCUUAUCCAGUUUUUCCAGCUCUUUCCUGAUUAUCAGAAAAAUGAUUUCUAUGCAACAGGAGAAUCAUAUGCAGGGAAGUACGUGCCUGCCAUUGGCUACUAUAUUCAUACGCAUAAUCCUACAGCGAAACUAAAGAUCAACUUCAAGGGUGUUGCCAUUGGAGAUGGCCUCUGCGACCCUGAAUUGAUGUUGGGUGGCUAUGCCCAAUUUUUGUAUCAAAUUGGCUUGGUGGAUGAGAAGCAGAAGGAUUACGUCCAGAAUCAGACUGAUCUGGGAAUCAUCUAUAUCCAGCAGAAGAAAUGGCGAGAAGCCUUUGAAGUGUUUGAUCAAAUGAUCAAUGGUGAUCAAACUGGAAGCCUAUCCUAUGUUCAGAAUGUUACUGGAUGUACCAAUUAUUACAAUUUCUUGCAAUGCCAGGAGCCUGCAGAUCAGGGAUAUUUUGGACAGCUGUUAGCCUUGACAGAGGUGAGGAAAUCUAUCCAUGUUGGAAACCUGACCUUCCAUGACGGCUCUGUAGUUGAGAAGCAUUUGCUUGAGGAUGUGAUGAAGUCAAUAAAGCCAUGGUUGGCUAUCCUGAUGGACAACUAUAGAGUUCUCUUAUACAACGGACAACUUGAUAUUAUCGUUGCAACCCCGCUGACAGAACGAUUUCUCCCAACUGUGCCAUGGUCCAGAGUAGAUGAAUACAAGAAUGCUAGAAGAGUUGUAUGGAAAAUAAAUGCAAAAGAUCUAGAGGUAGCUGGCUAUGUGCGCCAGGCAGGUGACUUCUAUCAGGUGGUUGUUCGAGGUGGAGGACAUAUCUUGCCUUAUGACCAACCUGAAAGAUCUUUAGACAUGAUUGACAGGUUUAUCUCAGGAAGAGGAUGGGAAGCCAAUGGAUACUGAAAAUUCAUCUUAAGCAAAGCAGCCUUUAACAUUUCAAUAAUCAGCAGAGUACCUUUAACCAAGAGGUGAAAUCAAAAGUACUGAAGACUAUAAUGUCACCAUGUGAUUUUCUUUCCUUGCUCAAAAUCUUCAUUGAUUAAAAAUUAAUGUGGAGGAAGUGAUUA